UUCCACUCCCUUAUCCUACCUUCCCUGCCUCAUGUCCUCCGAGGUUGUUCCCUCCGAAUCCACCACCUUCUGGCAAUCCAUCCAACGAGCUCAGGCCACCAUCCACUCUCUCUCCCUCAUCCUUGGCCCCCUCCCUGAGCCCCUCACCUUCUCUGAAAAUCCUACCAUAUCUCUCCUCCAUGAUGCAAACAUCUCCCAUGACAUCUCUAGUCGCCUCCAUCAUCCUAAUUCUGGCUCUGGUGAUGACAACCUUUGCCGCUGGUUGUAUGAUACAUUUCAAUCCACUGACCCAGGCCUUCAACUUGUUGUCCUCAAUUUUCUCCCUACCAUCAUUAGGGUCUAUCUUUCUCGUGUUGUCUCCCAGAAGUCUCUUGCUGGCUUCGAAGCUAUCCUGUUGGCCUUCUAUGCACACGAGACUGUCAUUCGGGGUGGCGAGCCUCUAACUGUGAUCCUUCCUAACCUCACCAAUCCAAGUGUCUACCAUGAGGCCAAGGUCCCCACCAAGAGCAAAGCUGUGGAUCUCAAUAUAGCAAUACUCUCCCCUGCUUUGGAGCCAUGUGGCACGGUGCGCUCCACUAAACGAGCUCGAAUUAUUGGAGUAGCAUUGGAGCUAUACUAUAGCAAGAUACAUGACAUGCCCCUUACUUCUAAGCAAGAGUUUUGUGAGUUUUGUGUGGAUUGGGCUGGCCAUAAUCGAUCUCUAGAGGAGGAGAAACAAAGCAACCCCAAUUCCGAUGUCUCUUGUGCUGACCAACAAGAAGAAAUGAUUCAAGUAAAAGGUGGUGAAGAAGAGCAUAAGAAGAAGGGGAGAAGGAUUCCUCUGCCAUGGGAACUCUUCCAGCCUAUAUUGAGGAUUGUGGGUCAUUGCCUUCUUGGUAAUUCAAACUCAGAGGAGCUAAAAGAAGUAGCACUCAUUGCAGUGCAAUGCCUUCACUUGAGGGCAUUGCAUGACAUGAAUCCUCAGGCAAUUCUUGCAUCUAGGAGUCUCCUCAGGUUGGCAAAGAUGCCAAGUGAUACUAUUUUUAAGCCACACUUGGUGAGUGAUUCCAGUGAUCUCACUGCAUCGCAACUAGCUAGCAAUGAUUAGCAACAUGAUGCUUGUAUGUAAUGAUUAGCCACACAUGAUGGCAUAUAGCUUUUGAAAUUUUAUUUAUUGG